AUGGAGAAGAAUAGAUCUGCCGCAUUUAAAGCGCAGAUCGGCUUCAUUCCGGCUAUUGCUUACCAUGAGCCACGGAUGAUGAACGACACAAAUACCGAUAUCGAGAAGGCUGAUCUUGCCCGUGUGGCAAUUUUAAAGCCUUGGAUAUGCCUGCCCAAGGUGAUCGCUGUGCUGACACCGGAAACCGAUGGCAAGCCCUGCGCGACUGUAUUUGCCUAG